AUGGAUCCGUUUGAAUCAGACGAAGAAGAAAACAAGGAUAAAGUGGAAGAAGAUCCGAAACAGUUUGAGGAAGAGGAUGAACGGGUCUUGGAUCGACCAGUCGUAUCGGAUGUUUUGGAUCGAAGAAAGAUUCAGCAGAAUAGUUUUGAACAGGAGUUAGGGGGAGUUGUGGCUUAUAAUGCCAACGAUUUGGAACGGGGACUUAUCAAUCAGGUAAUUUUUUAAGUUUUUUUAAUGUUUAGGUAGCAAGCACUAUAUGAAAAAAGUUUUUGAUAGAAAAGGGACUAUAAUUGCUUUUUGAGACUAUAAGGUUAAUUUUAGGAUAAUUUUCUUUAAGAUUUGAAGGUUUUGCUUAUAUUAAUAUCAGGAAAAUGCUAUAAAUUGUAAAUUAAUUUUUAGGCGGAAUCGGCACUAGAACAGCUUAAUUCGAAGCCAUCAACAUCAAAAGGAGUCGACAACCUUCUAGAUGCAGAUUCAGCUAUCAAAACCGGUGAACUGACACCAUUUGAUUUUCUUCAACAACAGAAAGCCAAGGAAGAUCAAAUUACUUCCAAAACAUUAAAACUUUCUCAGAAUUUGGACAAAAACAAGAACAAUUUGAAUAGAAUCUCAAAGUUGACUCGAUAUACCUCUAAUUUUGAUAGACCGUCAACAUCUAAAGCAUUAUUUGGCGCUAAAAAGAGCUUAUUUGAAGAUGAAUCAGAAUCUGAAGAAUACUAUGGAAGCACGGCGUCGAGUGAGUAUGAAGAAGAAAUUAUCGAAACUUCGAAAAAACAGAGAGUUAAGAAGGCUAGGACAAGCAGAUUGAAGGCCAAAGAUGAUGGAGAUCAAGAUGACUUUUUAGACAGGAUUGCGUAUGUUUUUUGAAUUAUUUUGUUGAAAUUUUAGUGCAAAAUGGGAUAUCGGAUUAGGAAAAACACUUUAAAAACUUCGUAUUGGCAAUAAACUAAAAAAGACAAGCUUUUUUGUAGAUACAGGUUGAUAGGCAUAUAAUGAGUUUACUUUUAGUUAAAAAUGGAUGAUUUUUAUAGGUAUAAGUUGAUUAAAAGGAGUUUAAAGCAAAUUAUGUCGAUUUUUUUGAGAUUUUAAGCUGUAUUUCAGGGUUUGUUUAGUUAUAUAUUUUACUGGUUUAAGUCUUUUGUUUUAGAAUAUAUCAAGAUGAACAAGAGAAAUUGCAAAAAGAAGGUUUACCAAACGACUUGGACAGUGGAGAGCACGAAAUCUUGGACAGUUACAAGGUUUCUUCUGUUGUGUGGGAUAAACUAUACAAGUAA